AUGUACUUCCUCUCUCUAUCCCUCAUACUCCUCACCAUUCAUACCCAAAUCUCUCGCGCCGAAACCACAUGCACCGAUUUCAGAUUUCUAGUAUACAUCGACUACACCCAAUACCAAUUCGGCUAUCUCCCUUUCAACGACAACUACGACGUAGCGACAUAUAUUCAAGACAUCAAUCGUCGCGACGCCGACAAGAAUUUCCAUCCCAUCUCAGGCAGUAUUCCCGGAAAUGGAACUUUUCGUUUCUCGGGAACAUAUUGCGAGCCAGCGAAUGCAACUACGUUAUUAGUUGCAACGCAUGGAUUGAAUUCUGAUAGAACUUAUUGGGAUAUACAAUAUCAACCCGAAAAAUACAAUUUCGCAAAUUAUGUAGUUGGGAAGGGAUACUCGUUUCUGUCCUAUGAUCUUUUAGGGGCAGGUCGUUCUCAAGUAAUAAGCGGCUACACCCUCCAACUCCCCAUGCACGUUGCCAUACUCGAGAAAAUCCUCACCAAAAUCCGCGAAAACUCUCUUUUCCCAAAAUCGGUCGAACAUACUGUGCCCAAGAAAAUCGUUCCCAUAGGUUUUAAUAUAGGUUCCCUCCUUACUAAUGCAGUUAUAGCCAAGAAUGCUUCUCUGGUCGAUGCGGCAAUCCUGACUGGAGUCGGCUACAAAGCCAGCGUUGCCAGCUUCAUCGCCUCUCUCUUCUCGAGCUGGAAUGGAAAGAUUGCAAGUACGGUGGAUAAGAAAUGGGAGGAUUCGGGAUAUGACUCGGGGUAUUUAGAUCAAGAUGAUAAGUUUGUGAUUUGGAAAUUGCUCUAUAGGAAAGGAUACUACGAUACGAAUCUUACAGAUUCAUACAGCACGGAACAUCGAUAUCCACAAGCUAUAAUGGAAAGUGCGACGGUGCCUCUAGUCAAUCUAAAUGCGAAAGCUUUCAAAAGCCCGGUGUUGGUCAUGGCUGGCGAAAACGAUUAUAUAAACUGCGGUGGCAACUGUCAAGGCAUUCUGGGACCGUCGGCUAGAGAAGCAUUUCCUAACUCGAAAGGAUUUCAGAGUUAUAUUCAGCCAGGUGCAGCUCACAGUUUGAAUUUAGCUUAUAAUGCAACAGGGGGUUAUCAGGUUAUUGUAGAUUUUCUGAAGAAGAAUGGGUUCUAAAUGAAGGAUUGUAAGAAGCCUCUGGUCGUGAAAUCGUUACUAGCUGCUGUAUAUGCAAAUUUCUCUUCAAAUAACACAAAGAUAUCACGCUUCUUACCCCACUCGAGAAUUGUCUCGGGGUAUGAUGGGUAUUGUCAUUCAAACACUUUUUCGUCUUCGGCUUCUACGCAUUCUUGUGAGCGACAUUGAAGAUCGGAAUGGAGGGUCAGUGACUCUACGAGAUUUCUGUGAAGCUCACAUCUAAUUCUUGAAAGCGAUCUAAAAAGUAAUAGGAAUUUCUUAUCCGAUUCUCAGAGCAAUAGUGUGAAUAUUGACAUAAGACAUGAUCGAUGGCAAUAUUCGCACAUCGCGCACCCAAGUUUGAGAAUCAUCAUCUCGAAGUUGUCAUCUCAUAACCAAUCAUGGAAAAUGAUUGAAAUGUGCUCGAAACCCCAACUGAUUCAAAUGCAGAGAGCACUUCCAAUAUUGGUGUCGAGUCAAGUCGUCCGCAUCUCCGCGAACACAGGAUAGCGCUGAAAGUAUUUUUCUCCCGCAUAAGUCAUCAGAAAGGUAUUUUCUGGUUCUAUACCAUAGACCAAAAUGAAGCCAAGAAGGAU